UCAAAAAUGCCCACUAACAGACAAGGCACAGUGUCACUGUUUCAGACUAAUCCUCAACCCGCCUCCCUCACGAUAAUCUGAUUAGCAGCAACAUAAGACUAUAUCUGUCUUUGCGUAGCGUUUAGAAUCUAUGUGGGCCUGCAACUGUGCACCUACAUGAUUAAGGACAACAGAAUUUGCAGCAUACCCGAACACAGGCCCUUACAGUUAAAGUGUUUGGAUUUUUUGCAACUUGGCUCUGUCAUGACAACUGACUUUAGCUACCAUGCCUGUAUUUUAUUCGCCUGUUCCGGAGAACCUGCAGACAGGCCUUGCCUACAUGGGAGGCUCCGCUUUCACAAACAACAGGACAGCGGACAGUGACUUCACCAGGGAGCAGGAUGAUGGAUCUGUGGUCAAUGAGCUGGUUUCUCACCUUCCCCUUCAAAUGCUCUUGUACUUCAACCUGUUUUACUUUCCUUGUUGGUGGUUUUCUGCUGUGUUCAUGCUGGAAGUGAAAUACUACUAUCUUCCUGGGUACUACCAGGCUUUGCUCAUAACCGGGUUGGUCCUUGUCACGGUGGUUGAAGUGAUCCGGCUGUACCUGGGCUACAUUGGCAACCUUAAAGAAAAGGUUCCUGCACUGGCAGCUUUCUGGCUCCUUUCUUUUACAUUCCAGCUGCCAGUGCUGCUGUUCUUCGUCACAGAUGAAGGCAUUAUCAUCCUGCCUCUUGAGAGAGCUGUCCACUCCAUUUACCUUAUUUUCUUGCUCGCCCAAAUCCUGGCUUCCUUCUUGGCCCUUCGGACGAUGACCCAAAAACUCACCCUUCUCUUCCACCUGCGCCAGUUUGGCAAGGUGGAGAGCUUGCAUCACUCAGAGAUGAGCCCCAUUUAUGGGCUUCCUUAUAACCGCAGUGUGCUGCCAAUUUCACCCACCCAUGAGAUCUACCAUUAAAGGAAGAUAACAUCACUUCUGUGUUCAUCUCAACAGUUUUCAGUUAAAGGAUACUGCUUUUAAUAAACAUUCAAAGGGCUUUUACAAUUGCAGUAUGCCUUGAAAUGAGUUUCAGCAUUAUAAUUUCAAUGUAGGAAUACUUGGCAAUUAUUUGACUGACUUGUUUUUAAGGGUUGUGUCCCACAGAUUAAUAUUGUACAUUGUGUUCCAGUCAUUUUGCCACUAUAUUGUACAACAUUGUGUUCCAUAGGAUGUCUUACUAUAGGAUGUAAAAUGCCAGGUGAGUUUAAAUAGAUGGAAAACAUAGUUUCAGCCCCAGUGAAAUUGUCAAAGCCUGAUACUGUGUCAAACUGUCACAACAUGACUUGCCUUUUAAGGUGAAGGGAAAAAAGCAUGAUCAAAUAACAUUGUGAAAAUGAGUGAGGCUUUCAUCAGACAGAGGGAUUUUUUUCCCUUUAAUCUUGAUGGAUGACACAGGAUGAAAAUUUGCUACAGCCUAAUUUUUCACCAAGGCAGAUCUAAUUUUUGUUUUGCUCUUGAGAGAAGAGCAACCUGCUCUGGUUUUCUGACUGUGCCAUAUUUAUUCGCACAUCCUUUAUUGCAGAAGCAUAACUGCACAUUGAAUGUUUGAAAAAAGCAACCUUUAAUUUGAGUAACUGGGGCACUUUUUCAUUUAUACUCUUACUUUUGAUCUUUUGGAACUUUUGAUCAAAUUGAUCUAACCAUCUUGGGAAUUUUUUCAGGAAAUCCUGUUUGCCUGGAUUAUUAUAUGAUUUCUCUAAGCAACGCUUCAAAAGAGAAAAGACAACAUAAAAUUAUAUUUGGGUAAAGCAGAUGUGAUAUCUACAUGAAAAACCCAAUUGCUCAACUUGCCCAUAUCUGAAGGUAGAGCAAUUAAUGGAAAGCUUUAAAAAACAUUUGAAAGUGUAACAAACAAGCCAGGAUCAGAAGCCAGAUUUUUCUUGCCCCCUUGCACAGCGAGGAUGGUGAUAAAGGUAAGAAAAAAAUAAGAUCCUCCAAAGCUCACUGUAGCAAAGAUUGGCAUUUGGGGUCACAAAGUCUCCAUAACAACAAUAAUGAAUUAGAGGAGUCUAGACUACAUUUGUAGGAUUGUUUACACAAAGAUUUGAUUUAUUGCAGGAACUCUGUUGGAAGAUUUGUACAUGAAUUAUCAUUGCUUAGUUUAAAAAGGUUCUUUAUCCUUAUGAUUUACCAUUAAAAGACAUUUUCAUUUAUUUAGUCUGGUGAACUUUGAUAGAAGUGGUUUGAAUACUUUUUACAUUUAUCUUUGAAGUACUUUUAUGAACUAUUAACAGAAUUGUCAUCAUGUUUUAGAGUUGCAUUUGGGUGGUUGCUAUGCAGACUGAGCAGGAAUUUGUGUGUGUGCGGAGGAGUUUGGGAAGCAGGCUGUUCGCACCCCAGCCAAUCUUCGUGUCCUUGAAUGCCAGAUGUGGACGUGUGCUGUAUCAGUAUCUGGACAGAAGCAGUUUUAUUCAGUAGGACUUGUGAAACUGUGUGUAGCCACACCAACGAUGCUGUAAGAUGAGUGUUUUUUUUUU